UUCAUUAUUCCAAAGCUUUGCUACAAGGAUGGCGGAGCUUCUCGGCGCAAUGCUGCGAAUAACAGUACUUCUGCUUGCGUUGGGUUGUGUAGCAGCCAAAAGGUUUUCUAUAAUGGCUCCCAAUAUGUUUCACAUUGGUGUCCAGGAGAAGGUAUCAGUGACGGUGUUCGACGCACCGCAACCGGUGACAGUGAAGUUAUACUUACAAGACUAUCCACAUAGACAAAAGACAUUCUCAGAAGUGCAAGGAGUUGCGACAAACGAUAAAAGCAUUUUUCUUCCCAUAAAGGUGGACCCACAGGACCUUUCAGAUCCCAGUUCCGUAGAUAAACAGUAUAUUUAUUUGAUUGCAAAGUCAGAUGAUGGCCACUUUCAGUUUCACAAAGAAGCGAAGAUUCUUUUGAGUUACAAAGACGGGGUGGUAUUCAUACAGACUGACAAACCCGUCUACACACCAAGACAGAGUGUGAAAAUCAGAGUGAUGCCGCUUGAGUUUGACAUGAAGCCAUCAAGGAGGAAGAUUACCGUAGUAGUCAUGAAUCCACAGGGUGUCCGUGUACAACAGUGGAAAGACUUGGACACCACUACAGGUAUCAUAUCAAAAAGGCUCGAACUGGGCGACUUUAUACUCCAUGGUAAUUGGACCAUAACAGCCGUUUACGGUCACCAGAACAUCCACAACACUUCUGUGCAGUUUGAAGUUAAAGAAUAUGUGCUCCCCAAGUUUUCAGUGAAAGUCUCAGUGCCACCUUACAUACUGAAAACAGACGAUGCAUUCGGGAUCAAUAUUACUGCAAGGUACACUUAUGGGAAACCUGUUCUCGGAAGUGCUACAUAUUCUUUGUUUAUUGAGGGUGUUGAUGGUCAAACUAUAAAGUUUGAUGCGCAAACCAUUAUACUUCACAGCAGUGGAGUUACUACCGUCCCACGACGGAUCCAGAUGAUUCGAGACCUUCCUGGGAAUAUCUGGUUCCCGUUGAAAGCCAGACUUCUGGUUCAGGUUGAUGUUGUUGAGGCGGUGACUGGUAACAAGGCAACUGUUGAGGAUAGAACAUGCCAAUUUACAUCAAGCCCUUACCGCAUUGCCUUUAAGAACACACCAAGAUAUUUUAAACCAGGAUUGCGGUAUGUAGUGAAGGCUGUUGUUACCUAUCCCAACACAAAGCCAGCUAAGAAUGUUCCAAUGCUGAUUUCUGCCAAAGGGAAACAGGGAAAUAACGAAAUCGAUUUGAAGAGAGAGGAUCGAGACCCCAAUGUGGUAGACUUGACAGAUGAAAAUGGAGAGGUUGAGUUUGUAGUGGAUGCUUGUUCAAACUGUGCGGAAAUUAAUAUUAAGGUUAAAACGGACAAUCAGAACCUAACUCCUCAACAGAAUGCAGUCGCCAGGUUGAUUGUGAACCCAUUUGACGCAGAAAAUGGACCGCUGAUUAUGGUUCGUCAGCUGACACAUGGAAAGGUUGGCCGUAAAAUACAGUGUGAAAGUUAUCGAAGCCGCAACGACGCUGCAGCCAAACUUUCGUUUGCGGUUGUGUCUCGAGGACGAAUUAUUUCUCACAACACAACAGACAACUUUGACGGAAUGUUUAAAAGUUGGUCGUUCCGUGUCACUUCUGAAAUGUCACCAUCAGCACGUUUGAUUGGUUAUUACAUUGACAGCAACGAACGCGUUGUAGCUGACAGCAUUUUGCUCAGAAUUGAUGACAAACUUCCAACCGAGGUCGAAUUUCCAGAUUCGUGGCAACAGCAGGCCGAUGGGUCCUUCGUGCAGCUCAACGAAGUGAAAAAAGACCCUGGAAGACAUUACCAACUGGAAGUCAGGGCCCCACAAGGGACACGUCUGGGUCUUCUGAGUGUGGACCAAAGUGUGUACCUGUUGAGAAACGAGAACAGACUUACUAAGGACAGGAUUUUUAAGACCAUAGAGGGACUUGAUCUUGGUUGUGGUGUAGGAGGAGGACGGAACAACAAAGACAUUUUUAAGAAUGCUGGUGUUGUCCUGAUGACUGAAAACUUUGUGAGUGACGGGAGAGAAGAUUACGGCUGCGAGCACAAUAAUGCUCGGAAAAAGAGGAGUGCAAGCAAAGAAGAUUGCAAAGCAUACUGUAAAAUGGGUGAAAAGCCAGACGAGGAAGGGAGAAGCUGUGCAAGGCGCUACAUAGACGACACUACAUUUGCUUCGCCCUCUUGUAGGACAACGUUCUGGCGAUGCUGUAAAAAAGCUUUUGGUGCAGAAGAUUCUGCACUUCUGGCAAGAAAUCUGGACCUCGGUGAUGACUUUGGUCCAAGUGAAGAAGAAAUCCUCUCUCAAACACAAGUCAGAUCUUUUUUCCCGGAAACCUGGAUCUACGACGAGAAAGUUGUUGGCCCGGAUGGAUUGGUUCAGAUGGGUGUCACCAUACCCGACACCAUUACCACGUGGGUCAUGCAGGCCGUGGCAAUCAACAAUAGAACCGGACUGGGUCUAGCCACGCCUCUCAGGAUUCUGGCAUGGCGUCCAAUAUUUCUCUCUCUGAAGUUCCCAUAUUCAGUCAAAAGAGGAGAGCAAAUAUCCAUCCUGGCAACAGUGUUCAACUACCAUGAUCAAGAGCUGAGGGCAAAAAUUUACCUCCAGGGUGACAAAGAUUUUUGCUCGAUUGCUGCUGAUGGCAAAAAAGCUCAGAUUGGUAUCGUUGAUAUUCCGCCCGGCAAUGCUCGCUCGGUUGCUGUGCCAAUUGUUCCUAAAAGAAUUGGAGAAAUCUCAAUUGAGGUCUCAGUCAUACUAGCAGGUGAUGUUGGUGGAGCAAUGAUGAACCAAGCUGGAGAUUCUGUGAGAAGAAAACUUUACGUUGUGCCGGAAGGAAAGGAAACUCGAAAAACACAGUCUUUCGUAUUGGAUCCAAAAGGAAACCUAAACGAUGGUCCUAAAAAUGGAGAUCAAAAGCAAAACAAACCAACUGCCGCACCCUUCCAGAGACAAUCGCGAGUGGAUGGCAACGGUCAGCAUGACAUUAUCAAGUUGGAGUUUCCAGAGAAAGCCAUUCCUGGUUCAGUCGGUGCAGUAGUUUAUGUGACAGGGAACCUUCUUGGUCCAGUCGUCAACACUACCAUUGAGGGUGGUCUGGAGAGAUUUAUCAGACAACCUACUGGUUGUGGGGAGCAAAAUAUGAUAAGGCUUGCACCGAACGUCUACGUUUUAAAAUAUCUGAUGAACACCAAUCAGCUGACUGGAGCAAACGAAGCAAAUGCGUUUCGAUUCAUUCAAUCAGGCUAUGAAAGAGAACUGAACUAUCGUCGAGGUGAUAUGUCGUUCAGCGCAUUUGGAAACAGCCGACCUGGAAGUACAUGGCUGACCGCAUUUGUAAUGAGAGUAUUCUGCGAGGCUCAGCAGUUUGCAGGAGUCAACAUUGAUGAAGGAAUGGUUUGUCGGUCUGUUGAAUGGCUGAUGAAUAACCAACGAGGAGAUGGGGCUUUGCCCGAAGUCAACGCAGUCAUUCACAGAGAGAUGGUCGGAGGUGUUUACACGGAAGGAGAUGUUGCCAUGACAGCUUUUGUUUUAACUGCCCUCGCGGAAUGCAAAUGCUCAGGAGCGGCCUCAAAAGCCUCUAUACUUCGCGCGACAGAUUACUUGGAGAAGCAGUACAAAAACCUGAACAGACCUUACAGUAUGUCUCUCACAGCAUAUGCUUUGGCAUUGGUAAAUAGCAAAGAAAAAAUCAACGCCAACGACCGCCUAGUACAAAGGGCUAUAUAUGACAAUGCUAAAAAGUCACGUUACUGGAACACUGGUGGCAAUGCGUUGGAUGUGGAGACCGCUGGUUACGCGCUGAUGACUCAAGUUCUCCUCGGACGCACAGGUUAUGCAGGUCCUAUUGUGACGUAUAUGACCAGUCAAAGGCAGGGCGGUGUUGGAUUCGUGUCUACUCAGGAUACAGUGGUAGCUCUUCAAGCUUUAGCUAUGUACAGUGAAGAGACCGCCGGUAACAACUUGGAUCUGAGAGUGAAAUUGUCAUCAGUAAUGGAUGGAAACUGGAAACCACCGCCGGUACACAUCACGCCAGAUAACGCACUGCUGCGGAGACAAUUCGAUAUCAAGCAUCUCCUUGGGGGAGAUCUCUUUGUCGACACUCAAGGAACCGGUGUAGGAAUGCUGGAGGUUGAAGUUCGUUACAACGUUCCGUCGACUCGCGGCGAGAGUUGUAAGUUUGACCUAAACAUCACAGUGAAAGAAAUCAAAGAACCUAAAGUGGGCAAUUUGUUUGGCCCUGUGGAAGAUGAACCUGAUGAUGAUAAUGAGAAAGGAAAAAAGAACGACAAGGGAGGAAUGAUUCGGUGCAAGAAAUUAAAAGGCAAGAAAGCGAAAAGAAAAUGCAGAAAAGAGGAGAAAGAAAAGCAAAAGAAGAAGAAUAAGAACAAGAGUAAUAAAAACAAAAGGCCUCCGCCUAAACAUCAGCCCGUGAAGAGCAUUCACUUAAAAGUUUGUACUAGGUACAAAGAGAAAGGUAAUAUCGGAAUGUCUAUAAUGGAUAUUGGAAUUUUGACAGGAUUUAAACCCGAUCAGAUCUCACUGAAUAAGUUGCAGGAUAUAGCUGAAGUGGAUAAGCUUGAGGUCUCACACACCUCACUGGUUGUUUACCUCAGUGAGAUUCGCAGUGACCGUCCUCUGUGUGUAGAUGUUCGGUUUGAUAAAGAAUAUUAUGUGGGAGUCGUGCAAGCGGUACCGGUGAAUGUAUACGACUACUACGAACCAGAUCAAUCCUGCAGCAAAUUUUAUGGACCUGACAAGCACAGCCCGUUGAAGUUGGGAGUUUGUGAAGUUGGCUCAAGAUCGUGCAAAUGCACCCAAGAUGAAUGUGCUCAAAGAGAUCCUCCUAUUGGUGAUGUGGACAAGCUGAUUAAUUUAGCUUGUGACAAUUACAAUUACGUUAUAAAAGGAAAGGUUCUGCUGAUCGAUGAAGACGGAAGUAUGCUAAACUACGUUGUCGAGGUUUUGCAAGUUAUUCAACAAGGCCACAAGAACUUAAAGGUUAGACAGAGGAUCGAACUCAAGAAACGUGGAUCGUGCCAGAGUCCCGAUAUGAAGGAAAAUACAGCGUACUUGAUCAUGGGAUUGGAUAAAGGGGGCAGGUACCAGCUGGACAAGACUGCGUUUGUUAAACUGUGGCCAGAGAAACGUGAUCUCAACAAGGAUAUUUUGGAGGAGUUUGCUCAGAGAUAUGUCUGCCCUUAGUCUUUUGAACGAUUAUUGCCCAUUUGAUUAGUUUCGUCUACAUUUUGCUAACUUGCUAAAUAAAGACAUUUUAUCAUUUCCAAAUUGCUGUAAGCAGCCCAAAAGUAGAAGAUUACUUGCUCCAGUUGCCUUAUGUUUUUUGUAGACUAGAUACGUUUCUUGCUGUGUUAGCAAGUGAGUUAUUUUUAAGCAUUAAAAAAACCUUCAAAGGCAUGCGUAGUUUUUAUUUCGUUAUGAAGACUAACAGAUAAUUUGGCAUAAUUCAUGUUAAUUUAAAUACAUCCUGAAGGAAUUCACAUCGAAGAAAAAUACAAUGAGUUUCAAAAUUGUUUGUUAAGAAGAAGUCUAGAAAAAUCAAACAAACAAACGAACUAAAAAGAAAGAAAAAGAAAUCAACUUGGACAAUAUCUGGUUGAUCAAUAACACAUAUAUUAAUUAAGGAAAGUGUCAGUUUAUUCAUGUUUAAUAAACUAAAUGCAUUAAUUCUUACCAUCGUGGAUUUUGUCUUAUCAGAAGCCAUAGACACAAAAAGGGGCCCAAGGGUUUUUAUUUUUUUUCGGUCAUCUUGCCUAGAGCUAAGAGCAAACGAUUCAUCCAGUUUGUUAGUUGGAUUUCGACCAAUAACUUCAGAGCACUAUAUUUUUUCUUAGUUACUGAGAGCGUCGUUUUCUUUCUCGAUAAUUUCAAUUUCUAACAUACAGGCAUUUUCUUGGGGGUAAUUUUCUUUGUCAGGGUAAUUCAGUGUACGGGUUAAGUCCCUCAAUUAUUCAUUUUCCCCCUUCCUUUUUCGAAAUGUCAACAGCCCCUUUAGAGCUAACCUGCAGAUAUGAUGGCAUGCGCUCGAGGAAAAAAUGGAAAUAGAUUGAUGGGCUACCUUUUCCCGAAAGAUUUCCAGGAAACAUUAAAAAGCACCUUAUAGCGGCCACUAAAUAAGUUAUAAAAUUAGGUUGACAAGGUGAUGUCUUUAAGUAUAAUGAAUAAACUUUUCUGGAAUAACGAAAUGCUGCUACACGUUAUUAUGCAGCUGUUUCGAGAAAGGUCGGAAAAAAAACCGUAAAAAUGCACGCAACAUCUCGAAAGGUAUUGUGAGUAGUUUUCAGGUCCUCAGGUUUCAAGGCAAACCUGAAAAAAAGCCAGUAAGGACGAGGCAUUGCGGGUUGAUAAAUUUAUUUACUUAUUUAUUUGUUUGACUUGUUAAAAUUUAUUGAUUACUGUAUACUCAGAUUACCCCUCGAGAUUGUUCCGUGCUCCUUUGUCCUUUUUUUCUGACAACCUUUCUCGGAACAGCUGUAUACCGAAAAGUUAGCCUUUGACUGGUCGCUUUUAUAGGGCGAUGUAGGAACGUUUGGCAAGUGUGUUCUUCCAUUAGCUGUCAUCAGAAGCCUGUUAUUAGGUUGUGUGCUUUUGCUACAGAUUUCACUUCAAUGUCAGCCGAAAAAACAAAUAAAAAUGACUACGAAUCAA